AUGGAGCUUGGAGAAAUUGUUGUUGCUGAAUGUCCCAGUGAGAGAAAGCCGCAUGCAGAGAAGGAGCCAAGAGCCCGGGACCUGCUGUGGAAAAGCGGAAAGCAAAUCUACCAACUUUUUGGUUACCUCACAGGAGAAAUGAAAGAAUGUGGAGACUGGAUGAAAGAUAAACCCCUAAUGGUUCAGCUCGUGGACUGGGUCUUGCGAGGGACCUCUCAGGUGAUGUUUGUCAAUAACCCUCUCAGCGGGAUAAUCAUUUUAGUGGGGCUUUUCAUCCAGAAUCCCUGGUGGAUGCUCACAGGCUGUACUGGGACAGCCGUUUCGACAUUAACAGCCCUGAUCCUCAGUCAGGACAGGUCAGCCAUUGCAGCAGGGCUGUAUGGCUAUAACGGGAUCUUGGUGGGACUGCUUAUGGCUGUCUACUCUGACAAAGGGGAUUACUACUGGUGGCUUCUACCUCCUGUGGGGGUUAUAUCCAUGGCCUGUCCAGUCCUGUCCAGUGCUUUGGCAUCAGUUUUCAGUAAAGGGGACCUUCCUGUUUUCACUUUGCCUUUCAAUAUUGCAGUAACUUUGUAUCUGGCAGCCACAGGACACUACAACCCCUUCUUCCCUACAACCCUCAUCCAGCCUGUAACAUCAGCACCCAACAUUACCUGGUCUGCAAUUAGUGCGCCCCAGCUCUUGCAAUCCAUACCAGUUGGGGUCGGUCAAGUAUACGGUUGUGAAAACCCUUGGACUGGAGGCAUCGUUCUCCUUGCUUUACUUAUCUCGUCCCCAUUGAUUUGCUUACAUGCUGCAAUUGGAUCAACAGUAGGGAUGCUGGCAGCGUUGAGCAUUGCAACACCGUUUGACAGCAUCUACCUCGGCUUACACAAUUAUAACUGUGCGCUUGCUUGCAUUGCGAUUGGAGGCAUGUUCUACGCCCUGACCUGGCAGACUCAUCUGCUGGCCCUUGCCUGUGCAUUAUUUUGUGCCUACUCUGGAGCAGCUCUUACUAAUAUACUAUCUGUGCUGGGAUUACCACUCUGCACGUGGCCUUUUUGCUUCUCCGCACUUCUCUUUUUGCUGCUCGCUUCAGACAACCCAGCCAUCUACAGACUCCCACUCUGCAAAGUCACCUACCCAGAGGCUAACCGCAUCUAUUACCUGAGGAUGACGAGAAGAGCAUCGGAGAGCAGAAGAGAGGAGCAGAAAGGAAAGGAGCCAAAACCCUCUGGCGGUUCGAAAAUCAGAACUGGAGGCACCCCACUCAUACACAAACUAAUAGGAAUGGCGACCCGAAGUUCUCUGAGAAAUAUAUGUGAUCCUUCCAGUAGCCCAGUCUUGAAAGACACAUCACUUGACGGACAGAGACAUAACGAAUGUGAGUUUAAGCUGCACUGCUGGCCAGAACGUGCCCAUGAUCUCCCACCAAGCACUCCACUAUUGAAUACUCUGGAAGAACAGGCUCAGAACAUCAUCAUGGAAAGCAGCAUUGAUGUUAAAAGAGAAACCAAGGGGGAGAGAAAGCCAAGAAAGCAGAAUCCAUUGAGCAAAGGUGGAAAGAGAGUCUGCAAAGCUGUUGGCUACAUUACCGGGGACAUGAAGGAAUUUGGAGGCUGGCUAAAAGAUAAACCUCUCAUGAUCCAGUUUAUUGACUGGGUGCUACGUGGGAUAUCCCAGGUGAUGUUUGUCAAUAAUCCCCUUAGUGGGCUUAUCAUAGUUGCUGGUUUCCUGGUGCAGAAUCCUUGGUGGACACUCACAGGCUGUUUGGGAACAGUUGUCUCAACUUUAACAGCACUUGUUCUGGGUCAGGACAGAUCAGCCAUAGCAGCAGGCCUGUAUGGCUACAAUGGAGUCUUGGUGGGAUUGCUCAUGGCUGUCUUCUCCGCUAAGGGAGACUUCCACUGGUGGAUUCUACUCCCAGUAGCACUGGUGUCCAUGACGUGCCCCAUUUUCACCAGUGCUUUAGGCUCAGUCUUCAGUAAGUGGGAUCUGCCUGUUUUCACCUUGCCUUUCAACUUGGCCUUGACUCUCUAUCUGGCUGCCUCAGGACCCCAUAACCUCUUCUUCCCUACAACUCUCAUUCAGCCUGCAACAACAACACCCAACAUCACCUGGACUGAUGCUGAAGUGCCAAUGCUGCUCCAAUCCAUUCCAGUCGGAAUUAGCCAGAUAUAUGGCUGUGAUAACCCCUGGACUGGGGGAAUUUUCCUGGUUGCUCUAUUUAUCUCUUCUCCACUCAUUUGUCUGCAUGCAGCAAUUGGAUCAGCAGUGGGGAUGCUGGCAGCACUGAGCUUAGCAACACCUUUUAGCAAAAUCUACGCUGGCUUGUGGAAUUACAACAGUUCCCUCUCUUGCAUUGCAAUCGGAGGCAUGUUCUACGCUUUCACCUGGCAGACACAUUUGCUGGCAAUUGCCUGUGCACUCUUUAGUGCCUACCUGGGAGCAACACUGGCUAAUAUGUUGGCUGUGUUUGGGUUGCCAUCAGGAACCUGGUCUUUUUGUUUGUCUGCACUGACAUUUCUGUUAAUAACCACAAACAACUCUGCCAUCUACAAGCUGCCCCUCUCCAAGGUCACCUAUCCAGAAGCCAACCGAGCUUAUUAUCUGAAGGUGAAGAAACAUCAGAAGUCUUGCUGUGAGGUAUAAAGGUCCAAGAAGAGAGAUGCUUUGCAGUGUGUAAGGCAAGAGCACAAGGUGUUUCCCCCUAAAAGUGAUUUGUGUGCUACAAAGUCAGAAGACAAAAAAAUCACUGCCUUCUGAGUGAAGAGACUUCCUCCACGUUUGUUUGUUCCAUCCUGUUUAGAUGAUAGAAUUGUGCUGUGUUGGAAGAACCCUUCCCAAGAUCAAUCUGUAAUGAUUUAAGAGCAUAUAUGCUUUAAAAGACACUUGAAUUUUAAGCAGUGGGGAAAUGACUUAGAAGUUGGAAAGAAAACUCUGUUCAUGAAAUCCAGGUCACACCAAUCAGAUGUAAAGCAAGGAAGAACAGAGCAUUUCUUGGCAUCUGAUAGGACUCCUAAUUUAUGGCUAGAACCAGCUUACCACAGCAAUAGGAUGAGAGCUUAGAGAGCUUCAUAGUAGCAGAGAACUGGAAUAAAGAGUGCUUUUUGCCAAGUAGAAAAUAGGUGGUGGAGAAUUCUACCUGGAGGAUCUCUCAAGCCUAGCAGAGAGAGAGGUCCAUUAAUAAUCACUGUAUACAGGAUGGACACAGAUAAAUUAUGGGCAAUGUUGUUAACAUGUGCAAGACUUGUGGUAAAAAAUCACAGUAACUGGGGGUUUGUAAAGCCCCUGCUUUUGAAUGUUUUAGUGUGCACUAGUCUCUAACAUUUCAUAAAAAAAAUUUCAGGCCCACCCAGUUGCAGAGAAAAGUCUGUAAAAUUGAAGCCAAGAAAGCAAGUGUCAGUGAAAAGAAUCUGUUAAAAACAAACAAACAAAGAAACAAACAAACAAACAAAACCCAUGAUUUUAUUUUAAUCUCAUAUUGUUGUUUAACAGAUUUGGUCAUGGGUUGAAAAAGAGGGGAUAGCAGCAAAGUCAUUGUUGUCCCAUCCCUAUAUAAUGAAGUAGUUCCUUUCAGUCUGUGCCAUAAGUAGCAUUAAGUUGAACUGAUCUCCUUGACCUCACUUCCUAAGCUUUCCCCCAACAGUCUACAAAUAUCAAGUAGGAAAAUGUGCAUGUCCCAGCUUACUGCUGAAGUCGCUGCUCAGCCUUUUCCCCUCUGCCCCGGUGUUCAGAAGGGGACAGACGGUGGCCUGGUGGAUUGUAGCAUAGAUAACCAGCAACUCGUGCCGACUCUGGUCCUGGAGAACAUCAUGGCAGGAGAUAAGUGUAGCUGAGCUCUGCAGCAGACAAGUGGUGUGCUACCCUUGUAUGGACUCCUAGGGUCUGGAGAUAGUGAAGGAAGAAGUUGACUUUGCACCCCACAGACAGACUCCUGUGGCCACCUCACUGGGUGUUAUCUCAGCCAUCUUUCUGCUUGACUCAUCAAGAUGAGUCAAGCCCAUGAGCCUACUUUUCCUGGCCCAUGAGCCUGCCUUAUCACCGUCCUCCUAGUCCCUAAAUCCCAAAUAAAUUUAAGACUGGCAAUAAGGAAGCUGAUCACUCCAGGUAAUAAACUACCAAAGGGCAUGCAAAGGACUUCAUGGAAUAAUUGUCAGUGAGCAUUCAGCUUCUAAUCUGGGUUUCUGUGUGAUGCACAGCUGGUGUUGAAACUGGAUACACAGCAGAAACAGAGAGAGGGGUCACCAACCAGAGAAUAUGAGCCAGAUUCUAACAUCUUGACCACAAAUACUUUCCUCCAUGCCCAGGUCCUUCAGCUGGCAUUAGUCUACAUAAGCUAGUAAAGCUGCUCGCGGGAAAGCAGAUCAAAAUCUGUUCCUCAUGUGGCAGAGUAAAUAAAAUGUAGAUCGUGAAUACGGCAGCUGAUUUAUAAGGCCGGGAAAGGAAAAUGUCUUUUUUAAACAUCAAAAAGAUCUGAGUGAAAAAUAUUUGGGAUGAACUACUGGCACUAUUUUCUGGCGAAGUGUUAGGUUUUCAAAUAUUUGACAGUAUUUCUUUAUGAAUGACACUGCAGAGAUCACUUGUAAAACGUACCAUUUGCUGUGUUUUCCUCAGUAAAUAUCUACAUAACAUUUUUAUGGUGUUAAUUAAAAAAAAAUACUCAUAGUUCUUUGAGUUUGAUGUAAGUUUUCCUCUAUUUUUCAUCACUGAGCUCUUCGAAAGACAAGUAGCUCUUAAAUUACAUCAAAUGGUCUAGAAGAUAUUGGAAAACAAAAUUAUGAAAUCGGCGGCGGGAAGAGGAGAUCCCAGGUAUUUGGGAAACUUCCAUGCAUUAUAUUUAAGGCAUUUAGCUGCAUCAACAUCUUAAAUGUACAAGUGCAAAGUCUGCUUCUGCAACAGGAGGUAGAGUUAGCUGAAGGCAUAGCAUGUGCCUCUAGAAGUACAGUCAAGGCUGAAAAACUCAUUGCGAGCAGGACAUAAGGACCUGAUCCAGUGGUUCCUAGGGAAGUCACUGGACCCCUAGAUUGGGGUUAGAUUAGGUCAGGGGAUGCAUCUAUAUCCCUGUCAAAUUCUCACGGAAAGGGAGAGCUUUCGGUGUCUAAACUGAAAUCUCCCUUGUCAGGGACUCACGCCCUAGAGACAGGGACCAGGGCUAAUGCAGUGAGGCUAAAGGUAAAGGCUAGGUUUCAUUCAUAUGCCAAAAUCUGCACGCUAGUAUAGAGUACACACUUUAUGACCAGUGUAAAUCAGCACAGUUGCUUUGACUGGUGCUAUUUCAGGUUGCUGUUGCUGAGCAACAGGGCCAUUUUAGCAGUACUGUGGAGGAACCACACACGCAGAAGAGAAAAACAACAAAAGAGCAAGGCCGUGUCUCAGCCGUUAGUAUGACUUUGCACAUCGUCCAGCAUUAAUCCUUUAUUCAACGCUCUCCAGAGAAUUCAAAGUCUUGCCGUAACCCUAUGCAGAGUAAAGUUUAUUUGGUAACUUGUCACAUAUAUCACUCUGUCAGAAUAUGCAUGCCAUGCUUUUUCCAAUAUCACCCCUAACAGUC